AUGGUCGUUCCUGCCAUAAGCAGUUUUCGGUUGGCGGCUCUGUGUUAUUGCACAGUCUUGUUUCACUUUCACCGUUGAACGCGCACCGUCAGUACCUGUGUCACUCAGUGGUGUGCUACAAGUAGGUUCACUAGGAUAAAACAGGAUAAUAUGGCAUCCACUGGUAAGAUCAUCAUUCGCAUCAUCUUCUUGCUCUGCAUGCUCCUGAUACUGCUCGGGGACUACACGGGACUCGUUGACAAGUUGCUUGGUGGAGCUAAGGAUCCUUCCAGACCCAGGCCAACGAAUCCUGGAUAUGGUGAUAACAAAGCUGACAUCGACUUAGAUGCUGACAUUGAGGAUGAAACGCUCAGACAAUUAGGUGGACACUCUUCGAAAUCCCAGAUCCUGGCUACCAUCAAGAAUGCUUGUCUACCGAAACUCAUCUGCGAACUGAACGCCACUCCACAAAAGGACAAGCUUACCGAGUCCGAAAAGUCACUUCUAUCCUUAAUAAGGGAUACAUCGAUCAGUACAACUGCAGAGCUGACCUCCAAAUACCACUUCGCUGCGCACAUGGGUCAAUUGAUCAAUGGAGUAGACGGCAAUGGAUGUCACAACUUCUAUCCCACGUGUCCGUUCCCAGGAUUACAGGUUCUUCAGAUCAUGAAGAAAGUUAGAAUGCGUUAAUUUGAUCAAGUAUAAACUUCAACAAAAAUUAAAACAUUGCUCAACUAAUAUGUUUAGAUCACGAAAGUUACCUAAACCUAAAUAAAAGUUGCUUUAUGUGCAACGCGUUUUGAAUUUAAAGAGAGAAAGAAUUAUGGACUAUAAUAUUACCGAAUUAAGUUUAUUAUUAUAUUUUUAUUUUUGUUAGCCUUUGAGAGCUAAUGACUAUUUUAAGUUAGAAUUAUUUUGUAGUCUAAAUUAGCGGUCACCAACCGGUAGUACACGGACCACUUAUUUCGGACCAUAAGACGCACCUUUUUGCAUAGAAAAUGCGUCUUAUAGUCCGACUUUUUUUUUUAUAAAAAUCGUAUAAUUAUGUAACUGUAGAAAAUAUACAUUUUCAAUAUUCACGC